AUGUUUUUUACUUCACUUAAAAUGCCACGUAAGCUACGUAAGAAUAUACGUAAGAGGAAGAGAGCAUUGAAACAUCCAAUAGUAAAACUGACACCACAACAACAGUUGCAACAACAAAUGCUGAAUGACCCCACUAUGUUGCAACAAAUGUCAAGCAAUCCUAUGCUUUUAAACCGAGUUUUUGGUGCACAGAGUGGAGGUUUAAGAGCGGCACUUUUAGCGAAAAUGGCAGGCUAUGGUGGAGCUGCAGACGGAACAGCCUAUAACCCUCAAAGUCAAAUGAAUUUGAGUUCACUCAAAAAUCAAAUAACAGAUGUCAAAAAGUCAAACAUAGACAUACAGAAGCAAAUAAGUGAAAACGAAAAGAAACUAGAAUAUGACAGACACACAAAGAAACUCAAUGAGUUAAACGUAGAGAAAAAGAAGAAAGAAGAACAACUGAAAGAACUAAGUACAGAGGAAUAUGCGAAAAAAGUGUCAGAAAAAGCAGCAGAAGUAGCAAAAAUGGAACAAGAUGUCAUAAAUUUGAAAAACCAUACUACUCAAUAUAAAGUACUGAAAGAUGAAGAGAUAAAACAAAAAGCCCUGAAGACAUAUAUGGAAAGCGAUGAGUAUAAAAAAGAAGUUGAAGCAAAUGUAAAGGCAGAAAAACUUUUACAGUUGCAAAACCAAACCGUACAGUAUGAAAACUUAGCACAAGAAAGUAAAAAUAACGACGCAGCCAUGCAAAAGGCAAUGAAAAGCGCAGAAUAUAUAAAAGCUAAUAAUGACUGGUUAGAUGCCCAAGCCAACGCUAAAGCAGCCCAGCUUAUAGGGUCAAUAAGGACAAAAAUACAAGCGGAUGAAGACAGUUCAAAUGAAGCUUUAACAAAUGCUGACUUUAAGAACGCCUUCGAAGCUCUUCAUAGUAAGGUGAAACUAGUGAACGACUUCUCAUCUGGAAAGAAACUGAAGUCUGAAGGUUUCGACAAAGAGUUAAGAGAAGUAGCACAAAAUAUGACGAAAAUAACAGAUGCAGCAACGAGACAGG